CAUCGCCAAAUCCACCGCUUGCGCCCUGCGCCCGGGCCACAUAGGCCAAUUUUUACCUGCAAUUGAGGGCAUCCGCCAAAUCGGCUAAAACCUUCUACAUUCAACCAAACACCGUCAAUUGAGCUAAAACAACGACACCACGAUUUUAUCGCCUUCGCAGGCGCAACAAACAAUGAAUGGCCUCAUAGUCCCCCGCCUGCUCGCGGCGGCCGCAGCGUGUUGCAAAGACAUCAACACCACGGGCAUCUUCAGGGGCAUCACGCACUCAAGCUUCAACUGGUGCGCAGGCUUCAACGCCCACGGCGCGCAGGGGACGAGGAGCCAUUACAGAUGCUUCCACGCGCGGUGCAACAACCCGUCGUACUACGAGGUCUUUGGCUGCAGCCUUUGAAGCGCAAUAAAGCAGCGAUCUUGAGGAUGCCUAGGCAGGGCAGAUUUUUAUUGCAUUCUUGAGCAUGUCAGCUAAUUGAUCUGAAAUUGGUUGCGCUGGCACCAUCCC